AGGCAGAGCGGCACACGCCCGUUGGGCAUUGUGGCGGAGGUGCCAAAGAAGGGCGAGAGCGCGUUCCAGGCGUACACCGCGGCGGGGUCAGACGGCUGGGCGCCUCUCCGCAUCGUGGUGUCCACGAGGGACCUCGACAACACAUCGAAAUACUGCGACCGGGAGGAUGUUGAUAAACCGAUGAUUACUGGUCAGAAAAUUAAUUGCACCGCGUGGAUGGUUCUUACGCCUGAAAAAAUUGCUGCCAUUAAGAACCCGAUCGUCCCUGUUGCUGUGAAACUGCACACGGACCGUCUGCUCGUCCAGC